AUGUACGGCAAGAAGUCCAAUGAACAGGGGCCACGCAGAGGAAGGUCUUUUGACUCGGUAAACUGUGCGUAUGAGGAGAAACAGCUCAACCAUGAAGUAAGUAGCACUUAUGAUGUUACAUUCAGUAAAAUUGAUGAGGACCAGGACAACAGGAGCAUCUCCACUGGAAGACCCAGCAGGUCUGAAAAAGGCAUCGCAACCAUCAUAUUCUCACUGAAAAAUGAAGUCGGCGGUCUUGUCAAGGCGCUGAAGCUUUUUCAGGAUAAACAUGUCAACCUCGUUCACAUCGAGUCUCGCAAGUCCAAACGAAGGGAUUCAGACUUUGAGAUCUUUGUAGACUGUGACACUGACCACGAGCAGCUCAAAGAGCUGACUCAGUUGCUAAGGAAACACACUGAUAUCAUCGAGAUUACGUCACCUGAUAACUCCACUCAACCUGAUGAUGAUCUGGCUGGUGUGCCCUGGUUCCCUAAGAAGAUCUCUGAUUUGGAUUUGUGUGUGAACAGGGUUUUGAUGUAUGGCUCUGAAUUAGAUGCAGAUCAUCCGGGAUUUAAGGACAACAUUUACCGUAAAAGAAGAAAAUACUUUGCUGAUUUGGCGAUGAGCUACAAACACGGCGAUCCUAUUCUUCGCAUAGACUUCACAACAGAGGAGGUGCGUACCUGGGGCGUGGUUUACAGGGAGCUCAACAAGCUGUACCACAGCCAUGCCUGCAAGGAGUAUCUGAAGAACCUCCCCCUGCUGACCAAAUACUGUAACUACAGCGAAGGCAACAUCCCCCAGCUGGAGGACGUCUCACACUUCCUCAAGGAGCGCUCAGGCUUCAUCAUUCGGCCAGUAGCAGGGUACCUUUCCCCCAGAGACUUUCUGGCAGGCCUGGCCUUCAGAGUAUUCCACUGCACUCAGUAUGUCCGCCACAGCUCUGAGCCUUUGUAUACACCUGAACCAGACACAUGCCAUGAGCUGCUCGGUCACGUUCCUCUGCUUGCUGAGCCCAGCUUCGCCCAGUUCUCACAAGAGAUUGGUUUAGCAUCACUGGGAGCUUCAGAUGAUGCUGUACAGAAACUGGCCACAUGUUAUUUCUUCACAGUGGAGUUUGGUCUGUGUAAGCAGGAUGGCAGGCUCAGGGCCUAUGGUGCUGGACUCCUCUCCUCCAUCAGUGAGCUCAAGCAUGCUUUGUCCGGCAAGGCCCGUAUCCUCCCAUUUGACCCCAUGGUGACCUGUGAUCAGGAGUGUAAAAUAACUACAUUCCAACAAGUUUACUUUGUAUCCGAGAGUUUUGAGGAAGCCAAGAACAAAAUGAGGGAGUUUGCCAAAACCAUUCAGCGUCCAUUCACAGUACGCUACAACCCCUACACCCAGAGUGUGGACAUCCUGAAGGACACCAGCAGUAUCAAUCGCAUGGUGAAAGACAUCCGGCAUGAGCUGGACAUUGUAGAAGACGCCCUUUACCGUCUCAAUGCUUGA